AUGGCGCAACCGACACAAUCCAUAAAAUGCGUGGUAACUGGCGACGGUGCCGUGGGCAAGACUUGUUUGCUGAUAUCCUACACCACCAAUGCGUUCCCCGGCGAAUACAUUCCCACAGUCUUUGACAACUACUCUGCCAGCGUCAUGGUAGAUGGAAAGCCCGUUUCACUGGGAUUGUGGGAUACAGCAGGACAAGAAGAUUAUGACAGAUUACGCCCAUUAUCGUAUCCGCAGACCGAUGUCUUCCUCAUAUGCUUUUCCAUUGUCUCACCUCCAAGCUUCGACAACGUCAAAGCAAAGUGGUAUCCCGAGAUUGAACACCACGCCCCCAAUGUACCCAUUAUCCUCGUCGGAACAAAGCUAGAUUUGAGGGAAGACAAAGCAACAGCAGACAAUCUUAGGGCAAAGAAGAUGGAACCGGUGUCCUAUGAGCAGGCACUAGCGGUGGCGAAGGAGAUCAAAGCGGUCAAAUAUCUUGAGUGUUCGGCACUCACACAACGAAAUCUAAAGAGUGUCUUCGACGAAGCCAUCAGAGCCGUCCUCAAUCCUCGGCCUACGACAACCAAGAAGAAGUCGAGGUGUACCAUCCUCUAG